CCAAAUUCAAGAUGGCGAUUGCCUGAUGACGAAACGUGGCCGGCCUGACUGAAAUAGAUUUGUGAUUUAAAUAGACUGGUAUUGAGCAUGUACACCUGAGGUAUUAUAUCAUAACCAACAGACCUACAACAACAGGUCCAUUGAGAACAACAGACAGUGGGUGUAUCAGUAUAUUUUUAGCAUGGAUGAGGAUGCCCUUAGGGGCCUGAGUCCUGCUGCUGACCCACAAACUCAGGCCAGGGCUUUGCAAUAUUUUGAGCAGCUGAAGUCUGCUGAUGAUGGUUGGAAAAUUUGUGCGGAAUCCUUUAUGAAUCCACACUAUAGCAGCAAUGACCAUGUUCGAUUCUUCUGCUUACAAGUUGUUGAGCACUUCCUGAAGGAAAGGUAUGCAAAUGUAAACAUGGAGGAACAGCAGAUGAUUCGUACUAUGAUUGGUCAAUAUCUCCAGCUUCAGGGAUCAUCAGCGGGCAGUGACAGGAGUUUCAUCAGGAAUAAGAUGGGACAAGUGAUAUCACUAGCCUUUAUUGUGGACUACCCUCACCGCUGGCCAAGUUUUUUCUCUGACCUGUCCCAGGCCCUCACCCCCAGCCCACAGCUGGUAGAUAUCUAUCUGAGAAUCUUUCUCGCUAUUGACAGUGAAGUAGUGGACCGUGACAUAGUCCACACCAGUCAGGAAAUCCAGAGGAACACUUUAAUUAAAGAUACCAUGAGAGAUCAGUGCAUACCUCAGUUAGUGGACACUUGGUACCAGAUCAUGAUAACAUACCAGACUACCAACCCAGAGGUGUGUUGUAUGUGUCUGGAGGUUGUAGGUAAGUAUGUCUCCUGGAUAGACAUCAAUCUCAUCGCCAACGACAAGGUUGUGGCCGCACUGCUCCGAUUCAUGUCCGAACCUCUACUCAGGGAGAGUGCAUGUGACUGUAUCCUAGACAUCAUCAACAAGGGCAUGGACUCGAUUGCCAAAACCAAACUAGUGGAGUCCUUCACCAGUGUUCUGGAGAGUCAGGGGAUUCUUUCUCCACCAGAGGAUGAAGAAGGUGACUUUAUGGCCAAGCUAUCAAAGCUGAUCAACGGCAUUGGAGUCAACCUUAUUCUUAGCUGGCAAAAACUAUCCAAAACAGGAGACACUGAGGCAACAGAAAUAGCACUUCAGGCCCUGGAGAACAAAGUGCCGCUGAUGUUUCGUUUCCUUGGUGAUGAAGAUGAUGAUGUUUCCAGUGGAGUGACACAGUUCUCACAAGAUUACAUAGCUCUUCUCAAACAGAUGAAGCCUAUCAGUCAGAAACAGCGACAGAACAUGGAGGGUCUGCUGUACACAGUCAUAAAGAAGAUGAAAUAUGACGAGUCCUACAACUUUGAACAUGAGGGGGAAGAAGAAGCCAUGUUCCAGGAAUAUAGGAAACAGCUAAAGACAACUUUCACCAAUCUGGCUGCUCUGGACAGUGACCUUGUUCUGUUGACGGUACACACCUGUGUGACACAGACACUGCCUCACUGGGAAAAACGCGAAGUGUGUGAUAUUGAGAUUGCGAUCUUCCUACUGUACACACUAGGGGAGGCUCUGCCUGUAAGUAUAGGCACUGCUUCCCAGGGACAACAUUUUAGUGGAGAGUCCAACAAGGUGACGGCUCUACAGGAGAUGAUGAGACUGUUGGCUACCAGCAGAGUUAGCUGUCAGGGACAUACAGCUGUUGUUCUCCAGUUUUUUGAGACAGUUGUGCGAUAUGACAAAUUCUUUAACUGUGAACCUCAGCACAUUCCUGAUAUUGUGAUGGCCUUUACUGAUGAGCGAGGGUUUCGACACCCGUCAUCACAAGUCAGGAGUCGAACAUCUUAUCUCUUCUCCAGAUUUGUCAAGUCUCUCAGGUCCCACAUGCAGCCGUUCCUGGAGGAUAUCCUAAAGCGUAUACAGGGUCUACUGGUGAUCAACACUCCUGACAACGGAUAUCAACAGCUCAUGUCUGGAGAGGACCAGCUCUUCCUGUACGAGACUGCGGGCAGUUUAAUUGUCAAUAGCACCCUACCACCAGAGAAAAAGCAGGAGUUGAUGAAGCAACUUCUCUCGCCAAUUGCCACCAAAUUUGAAGGUUUACUUGCCAAAUUUGUAGCUGAAACAGAUGAGCGAAGAAAACUGGCAUAUGCUCACAGCAUCAACAUGUCGACAGCCCUAGCGAGUCGAGUCAGCAAAGGUUUCUCAAACUCCCAGACGAUGCAAUUAUGUGGGUGUGUUGAUACCUUUACUCACCUGCUCCGGAUCUUCCUGCAGGCCCUAAAUGCCCCAACACACCGCCAACAGAUUCAGACUGGUGUACGUCAGUAUCUCCACCGCAUGGUUGUCUGUAUGGAGAAGGAAAUCUUGCCCUUUGUGCCUGUUGUCAUGGAAAACUUACUGAAGAAACCUGAUGCCAAAGAACUGCAUGAUUUCAUUCCUCUCAUGAACCAGCUGAUUAUGAAAUUUAAGAGAGACAUUGGCCCAUUCCUACAGAAGGUGUUCAUGCCUCUGGUGCAGGCUAUCUACCACGCCCUGACCACCCCAGCCGACGCCCUGGAUCAGGAGACUGCUGAAGAGAGGAAGAUGUUACGACGAAGUUACUUCCUGUUUUUAUCAACCUUGGUGUCAAACAACAGUGUUGAUGUGUUAGGAAAUCAAGACAUGCAGAAUUUACAUGAUGUCUUGGUGACCAUCGUUCAGGGAGCUGUUGAUCUGCCUGACCCCCAGAGUCAGAAAAUGUGUUUCUCCAUUUUGAGAAAGUUAGUGGAAUGUUGGGGAGGCCAUGACACUAGUAUCCCAGGAUUCCUGGAGUUUAUCUACGAUAGUAUUUUACCCGCAUGUUUCAUGGCUCCACUCAAGCCGACCUUUGACCUCAAUGAUGGACAGACGUCAUUGGCUCUCGGUGAAUGUGCGCUUUGUCUCAAAUCAGUCUUAGAAAAAAGAGGAGAGGAAUGUAUCAGUUAUUUACAACGAGAGUAUUUACCCAAGCUUCAGAUGUCUCCAGAACAGACACAGGAGUUUUGUCAAGCAUUACAAUCAGAAAGCAAGUUAUUUAGGGCAUUUUUUAAGUCAUUCUUCCUAAAAGCCAAGUCAUGACCAAAGCUGAAGUGUGUGAGGUGACGCUGAUUACUCGACGGCUGACACACGAGCCCUGUGAUGCCGGUUCCUAAGCAACAAGUCUGUGAUAUUACAUGUUGUGUUUGUCCGUUACAUGUAGCGGUCCGCUCCACAGAGUUGUGUGUACAUGU